AUGUCGAGGUUGGAUUAUCAUUCGAUACUGGACACCAAUGUGAACGUGGAUGUAGAUGCAGAAUUUGAUAAUCCAACCAUAAUAGAUGAUAGUCAUCAUGACGAUGAGCAUGAUCAUGAGGACAUACAUCAUGAAGAGAUUGAUGUUCAGUCGCGACAUCAAGAAGAACAACAACCACCUGAACAGGAUGCCGAAGAUAUUCAAGUUGAUGUUAUGCAAGAAGAUCAAUCGCAUAAUAACAUAAUGGACGAUGAGCAAGAUGAUGAGCCAUUCAUAAUAAUGGAAGAAAAUCAGAUUGAAAUACAUCCGAGUGACAUUGCAGGAGAAUCAGAACAGCAACAAGAGGAACACAUUCCACAGGAACUUCCACUUACGUCUACAGCUACUACCAGUAUCAUUGAAGGGAUUGAAUUCCCUAUCGCUGUAACGACGCCCCAAUCAGCUUCACAUGUCCAAGAAGAGGAACAUCAUGAAACUUUCGCUUCAGGCGCUAUAAGCUUGAAAGGAAUGUCCUGGACUGAGAAAAGAGAAAGACAGAAAUUACAAAAUCGUAAAGCAGCUGAAAGAAGUAGGAACAAAAAAAGAGUUGAACAAGUCGAAUUAGAGAAACAAGUCAAUGAUAUGCAAUCUGAAAAUGCCAUACUUCGGAAUCGACUUUCUUCUUUAUUAGCAGCUAGAUCCAGUCCAGCCACCAUUGAGAACGGUAGUGGUAAUAGUAACGAUAAUGAAAUCGAUCCUUCAUUAAUACAAGAACCUAUAUUGGAUUCAACGAACUCCAUAACGACAGCAUCAGCGACAACGGGUGCCGCACCUUUACUAUCUGGAACAGGUAUAGAUUAUAAUUACAUCAAUAAACUUUCCAAUGAACUAAUCAAUUCAAAAACUAUUUUACUCGAACGCACGAUAGAGUUGUCAGGACUAAAGACCGGAAAGGGCGAGUCAACAGUUAGGCUCAUAUCAGGUUCGGAAAAUGAUGUAUCGGAAGAAUUGAAAGAAUCAAGAAAGAAUCACUUGAGAGUUUUCGGUAAAUUAUCAAUCGUAAAAGCUGAAGAAGAUAGCUUGAAAACUUUAUUGAAUCAUCUGAAAUCUGAAAUUGAUAAUUUGAUUGAACAAAAUCGGAUCGUUUCUGAGAAAUUGGAUCAACGUCGUAAUAACCAAAAUGUAGAUCAGACAUCAGUUGAGAUGGAAAAUAUCAAUGGAAAUAAUCCCACUGCUGAUACUGAGAUCGAGGUUGAUCAACCUCAAAGUGACGAAGGAACAAGUCAGAGUCAAAUACAAGAUGACCAAGAUCAAGAUCACCCGGUUAUCGAUGAUGAUAUACAGAUCGACGGCCUCGGAGGUUUAGAAGGAGAAGGAGAAGAAGAACUUUCAAAUAACAUUGAAGUGGAUGAAACCAACGAAGAUAAAGCUUUGGAUGAUAUUAGAGGUUGGAUAGAUGCAGCUGUGAAAGAUUGGGAUCAGAAUCUACCGAUACCGUCUUCGACUUCAAGGGAGAACGAGGAAGCAUCGGAAUUAGAAGAAAUCACUCAGAGUUGA